UUUUGUUUUUGUUUUUUUUUUCUUUAUUAAGUUUUUUUUUCUUGGGAAUUGGGUAGUUUUGGUGGAUCAGUAAGGAAAAUUCUAAGAUAUCCAUCUCAUGAUUUUGUGUGUAUAUAUAAUUUUUUUUGUUUGUAGGAGUUUUGUGGGGUUUUAAGGUUGUUGUUUUUUUGCCUGUUUUGAUGAUCAAGAUUGUUUUAUAUCUUUCUUUGAUUAUGCAGGUUUAGGAAUUCUUGGAAAGAAUUAUUUUCGUUUAGAUGUUGAGUGGUAGCAAAAGAGGGUGAGAACUCUGGAGGGGGGGGGGAUUGAAUUAUAUGGAUAAUCUAUGUUGCUUCAACUCUGUCUAUUCUCAGGUCAACAUAUCUCCACUCUCUCGGCAAUUCCUUUUUUAAUUUGUAGUUCUCAAUUUAAACUCUAUAUCAGUUUCCUAGUUGUUUCAUACUAUGUUUAUAUAUGCUUGGAUAUCUUUGGUUGGUGAUUUAGUUAAAUUUUGCUAGGGCAUGAUCUUGUUUAGUGUUAACUUUAUGGCAGAUUUUGUGUUUAUUUUACUUUAAGUGCUAUAUUAGCUCAGCACCAAAGUUUCCAGGGUGAAAAAGGGAGAAAUGAAACAAGAAAGAGAAUAACCAAUGGAUGUUGGCUCAAGUGGCAUGAGAGUUUGCUCCUCUCUUGGCUGCCUGGGUUUGAAUCCGUUGGGAGGCCUUGGGAAGGUUGUUGGAGGGCGUUCUUCAUUUAGCUCUGGAAAAGGCAGAAGCCAUCAGGGCCCUGUCAAGUAUGGCUUCACCCUAGUGAAAGGAAAAGCAAAUCAUCCAAUGGAGGAUUAUCAUGUUGCAAAGUUUGUUCUACUUCAGGGACAUGAACUUGGACUUUUUGCUAUAUAUGAUGGCCAUUUGGGAGACAGUGUACCUGCGUAUCUGCAAAAGCAUUUGUUUUCCAAUAUCUUAAAGGAUGAGGAGUUUUGGACCGAUCCCAACCAAUCCAUCUCCAAAGCCUAUGAGAAGACAGACCAGGCAAUUCUUUCACACAGUCCUGACUUGGGACGAGGGGGAUCCACUGCCGUCACUGCAAUUUUGAUAGAUGGGCAGAAAUUAUGGGUAGCCAAUAUUGGAGAUUCACGUGCUGUUCUCUCAAAGAACGGGCAGGCAAUACAGAUGAGUAUUGAUCAUGAGCCCAACAUAGAGCGGGGAAGCAUUGAGAACAGAGGUGGCUUUGUCUCAAACAUGCCAGGAGAUGUUGCAAGAGUGAAUGGCCAACUUGCUGUCGCUCGUGCUUUUGGAGACAAGAACCUUAAAUCACACCUCCGAUCUGAUCCUGAUGUACGAAAUGCUGAUAUUGACUCAGAUACUGAACUUCUCAUCCUUGCAAGUGAUGGACUAUGGAAGGUCAUGUCCAAUCAAGAAGCAGUUGAUAUUGCAAAAAAGACCAAAGACCCGCUGAGAGCAGCUAAACAGCUAGCCGUGGAGGCAUUGAACAGAGACAGUAAGGAUGAUAUCUCCUGUAUUGUAGUUCGUUUCAAGGGAUAAACAAAAACUGAAGACAGUUCCACAAUUGCAUAAGAUACGAAUCAAUGGGCAAAACGCAAACUCCGUCUAGCAAUCUCAUGGUGCAAAUUCACUAUCCGAUAUUUCUCUUUUGUAAAAUUAAUGUUCUAGUACUUAGGGUCGUGCUGCUUGAUAUUUGCUUUUUUUCUUCAAUUUGUAGAUUCGUUCCAUCAUUUUUGUGUAUAAUUUGCAUUGCACCUCUGAAGCCAUUGAAAAUUACCUGGAUUUCUAUAAAGCUGCGUGGAUGCAUGCAGUCACUAUAAUAGCACGUAUUAUAUGGCUGAAAAAGCUCCAAUCUUUUGAAACCAGAUUCGUCUCCUUGGGUCUUACAAUAUGAAUAAGAAAAUGGGUAAACCAUAAAGUCAUUUUACUUUAAUUUGUUUAUUGGCCAUGCAUAUAUAUAUUU